AUGAGCGGAGCCUACUGGGGGUUGACAGCGAUGGACCUCAUGGGGAGGCUGAAGGACAUGCACAGCCCCGCCAUGCUGCCCUGGCUGCUCUCCUGCCAGCAACCAGACGGUGGUUUCGGUGGCAGCAAAGGGCAUGAUUCUCACCUGCUCUACACGCUCAGUGCCGUCCAGAUCCUCGCACUACUGGACAAACUGGAUGCUGUAGACGCCGACCGUGUCGCCACCUAUGUAGCAGGGCUACAGCAGCCGGAUGGGUCAUUCAUUGGAGAUGAAUGGGGGGAGGUAGACACUCGCUUCUCCUACUGCGCCAUCUCCUGCCUCUCCCUCCUCAAUCGCACACACGCCAUCGACCUCCCCGCAGCCGUCCGAUUCAUCGCCAGCUGUCAGAACUUUGACGGCGGGUUCGGGUCCAUUCCGGGCGGCGAGUCACAUGCGGGACAGAUCUUCUGCUGUGUGGCGGCUCUGGCAAUAGCUGGCGCGCUCUCAUUGGUCGAGCACGAUCUCCUUGGCUGGUGGCUGUGUGAGCGGCAGGUGCCAGCAGGAGGGCUCAAUGGACGGCCAGAGAAGCUGCCAGACGUGUGCUACUCCUGGUGGGUCCUCUCCAGCCUCGUGCUCAUCGACAGAGUGCAUUGGAUCAGUGCAGAGAAGCUCCAGCACUUCAUUCUGCAGUGCCAGGACGAGGAGAGGGGUGGAAUCUCAGACCGACCCAACGACAUGGUGGAUGUGUUCCAUACCUUCUUCGGCAUUUCUGGCCUGAGUCUGUUGGAGUACCCCAAUCUCAAGCCAGUGGACCCAGCUUACGCGCUUCCUGUGGAUGUUGUGGAUAGGGUUUUCAGAGACAGGGAGCUGAAGCACCUGCAAGCCUAG